UGAGGUCCCUUUAAACGCAGGAAGGAUAGUAGAUCACCGAUCCUGGAUUACGGCUCCAGUUUUUAGUCACCUGCCGCGGCAUCAUUCGCUCAGCGGAUCCGGAGGAAACAAAACAAGCCCGAACCUCGGCGGUACCAUGGACUUCAACGUGAAGAAACUGGCUUCAGAUGCCGGGGUGUUCUUCACCCGAGCCGUGCAGUUCACAGAGGAGAAGCUGGGUCAGGCUGAGAAGACCGAACUGGAUCCACACCUGGACCAUCUGAUAGCGAGGGGGGACAGCACCAAGAAUUGGACAGAAAAGAUCCUGAGACAAACGGAAGUCCUCCUGCAGCCCAACCCGAUCGAUCACACAGGUGCUCGGAUAGAGGAGUUCAUCUACGACAAGCUGGACAAGAAGAUUCCGUCCAGAACCACCAACGCGGAGCUGCUGGGUCAGCACAUGCUGGAUGCUGCCCAGGAGUUUGGACCGGAGACUCCGUACGGUAGAACUCUGAUCACAGUGGGAGAGUUCCAGAGGAAACUGGGAGGAGCCGAACGGGAAUUACUCCAGACUUCAGCAGCGGCGUUCCUUAAUCCGCUUCGGAACUUCCUGGAGGGAGACUGGAGGACCAUCUCGAAAGAACGUCGCCUCCUGGAGAACCGGCGUUUGGACCUGGACAUCUGUAAGGCCCGGCUGAAGAAAGCCAAGCAGGCUGAAGCCAAAGCGUCGGCGGCUCCAGAUUUCCAAGAGACGAGGCCCCGGAACUACGUCCUGUCAGCCAGCGCCUCAGCGCUGCUGAGUGAAGAAGUGGAUAAAGCGGAGCACGAGCUCCGAGUGGCUCAGACGGAGUUUGACCGACAGGCUGAGGUCACCCGGCUGCUGCUGGAGGGAAUCGGCAGCACACAUCUCAACCACCUACGCUGCCUGCAGGACUUUGCAGAAGCUCAGACUGUGUUUUACGCUCAGUGUCAUCACCACAUGCAGGAUCUGCAGAGGGAGCUCCACAGAUGUGUAAAUGCAGACGGCAUCCCCCCACCCUCUGCUGCUGGUGGUUCUGACCCAGCUUCUUCUGCAUUCCCAUCUGAACCCUUGACCUCUGAAGCUGCUUGUUCCUCUCAGCUGCCAGUCACAGGAUCCAGGAAGGCCAAGGUCCUGUACGACUACGAUGCCCAUGAUGCCAGUGAGCUCUCCCUGCUGGCUGACGAGCUGAUCUCCGUCUACACGGUACCAGGGAUGGACCCGGACUGGCUGAUUGGGCAACGGGGGAACGAGAAAGGCAAAGUUCCCGUCACCUACCUGGAACUGCUGAGCUAACUGACCAAUCAGCGCUCACACUAAUAAAACCCAGUUUGUUCGGUCACGUUCAGGCACAUCAGCGAGCUUCAGGUUGUUCCUCUUAGCUGUUAGCAUACGUUCUGCGUGGUUAGCACCGCCUGCCUUCAGAACAUCUGGCUGUGGUGGUUCUGUGGUGUGAACGUAUGCUAAUGCACAUCAGGCAACAUCUGGGCUAAUUCCAACCAUCAGAAGUAGCAUCAACCGCUAAGGAAGCAGCGUAUGAAGGACUGAACUGAGAAAACCUAGCUGCUUGCACCAUUAGCCACCAUGUAGUUAGCAUUAGCAGCUAGCCGACACUGCGGUCAGGCUUCUCAUUAGAUGUGAUUUUGUGUUUAAAUCCCUCAAUAACUUAGCACCUGGCUACUUGUCUGAGCUCAUUCACCCGUAUGUCCCUACAAGAUCCCUCCAAUCAGCCGACCAGCACCUCCUACAUGUCCCUAGCUCCCGCUGUAAAUCCCGCGGGGAGCGCGUCUUUUCGGUUUGUGCACCGAAGCUCUGGAACCACUUGCCCCUCCUGAUCAGACUCUCUUCCUCUCUUUCCCUUUUUAAGUCUCAUUUAAAAACUCACUUUUAUUCAUUGGCUUUUAAUUCAGUCUAACUUAUUUUCUUUCUCCUUUUCUUUUCGAGUUGGAUUACUCGAUUUUAAUGGUUUUAGUUUUUAUUUCUGAUUGUUUUUACUGUGUGUUUUUGUUCAGCACUUUGGUCGGCUCUCAUGCCGUGUUUAAAUGUGCUAUGCAAAUAAACUUGGUAUGGUAUGGUA